GCCCGUCCACUAAGGUACCCGACGCGCAAAGGCCACGCUUUCGCAAAGUGGAUUUCACGACGCGCCCUGGCCAGCUCCGUCAUAGCUUCAAGAGGCAAUGUAGGGAGCUUCUGUGCGCAACCCUCCUACCCCGGCAGACCAAUAAUUCACCAACUUCACACAUUCGCUCUCUUUAUUUCCUACUUCACUUCAUGCCACGUACUACGACGACAUUCUAAACAUCACAUCCGUCACCAUGUGGAUUCUACCUUUGGUCGGCUACCUUGGCUCCAUCGUGGGCUUCUGCUUCCUGACCCUCGCCAUCGCUUCCGGUCUGUAUUACUUAUCGGAGCUUGUCGAGGAGCAUACCGUCUUUGCGAAACGCCUUCUUACCAAGUUGAUUUAUUCGGUCAUUGUCCUGCAGUUGUUGCUAUGCAUCGUCGACCGAUUCCCGUUCAAGUUGACCCUCAUGGGAGUUAUCUCCCACGUCGUCUACCUCGGCAACAUGCGCCGCUUCCCUUUCGUUAGACUGACUGACCCUCUCUUCCUGGCCUCUUGUGUUCUGGUCCUCGUCAACCACUACCUUUGGUUCCGCCACUUCUCUGCCGCGCAGCAAAGAUCGUAUUCGAAUAUGCACUCUUACUACGACCAACCCGAUGUCCCGAGCUUUACCGAGAUCGCCUCAUACUUUGGACUCUGCGUUUGGCUCAUUCCCUUUGCUCUUUUCGUGAGCUUGUCCGCUAGCGACAACGUCCUGCCUACGAUGGGAAGCGAAGACCCGCUGCGGGACUCCUCCGGCAAGAGCAAGCGCCAAGGUUUCGUCAAGUCUAUCGUCGAUACAGUUCUUGGUGCGCUCGCGGAAGUCUUCAGAACAGUCGGAUGGGAGCGGAGUUGA